AUGAGGCUCCAAGUGGGUUUUGCUUAUUCACAGUUUAACUUGAACUUGGGAAUUUUUGAGUUCAGCAGAAUUUUUGCCUCAAAGAAAAGCAUGACUACCUCUCUGAUUCCUGGGACAAGCCUCUGGGACCAGACUUUCCAGGAGAGCUCUAGCCUGUAUAUAGACACAGGAGCAGACAUAACCUUUCCACUCCCGGCUCGAGUGAGGAUGAUGCUUGCAUCUGGAAACCCAACCACCAUUUUGACCCUGGGAAACGCCGCCUCCGGCGAUUGGUCGUCCGGCACGGCCCCCGGCCGCCUUAGCCAAUCAGCGGCGAGAAGUGCGGCGUUGCUCCCGCCCCUCCCCACCCACGCCAGCCCGGGCGGCGCGAGGCUCCCUGGGAUUUGUAGUUCCGCCGGCGCCGCUGCCCGCAGCAGAGACGGGGCUGGGAACUACGUCUCCCGUCGACCCCCGCGGCGGGAGGCGCCCCUGAGGCGGACGAUGCUGGGCGCCGGCCGGGCCUGGUGGGCCGGGGUCCGGCGGCUGGGAGGGGGGGCGCUGGUGGUCGACCCCUUCGGCGGGCUGCGCGCGCACCUGCCGUGCCACGUGACCGUGAGGCCCCUCGACCCCACGAGGGGCGACCGCCUGCUGCUGCUGACCGUGCGCGAGGACGGGGACCGGAACCGGAAAUGCGCGCGAGAGCGGGAGCAGGGCCUCGACGGCCUCGUCGUCCGCCAUGAUGAGGCGCGAAGGCUGGUCACCCUCCACGCCCCCAUGGCGGGCGAAGGGGCCUCGCUGGACGUCCAGGCACCGCUCAAGUUCGAUCUGGAUAUCAAGACAUCAGGGACGGGCCGUAUCAAGGUCCAGAAAGCAGAGGGUGAUCAUUUAAAUAUCGAAACGGAAUGGGGCGACAGCAUCUUAGAGUCGAUUAAGAGUCACAGAAUACACGUGCGAACAAAAGGAGGCACUGUCACCUGUCUAGGAACAAUCCAUGGAAAUACAGAUAUUUUCGCAGCUGAAAAAAGCAGCGUGUCUGUGGAUAAGAUGCAAGGGAGUUCUGUGAACAUAUCAACUGAAGAGGGUCCGCUGAAGGUCAGAUACCUCUAUACCGACUCCUCCCUCUUGUCUUCAGUCUCCGGGGACAUCACACUGGGCAGCAUUCAUGGUGAUACUACUCUACAAAGCCAAACAGGCAACAUCAUAGUAGCUUCAUCGGCAGGGCGUCUGAGAGCCUUCACGCGUCAGGGUGCCAUAGACGCGUAUGUCAGCCAAGUGGGGAAAGUGGCCUUGAAAUCCCAGAAAGGGAGCAUCGUCGUCAAGGUGCCAUCCUCUCUGCAGGCUGGCGUCCGCCUCUCAGGAAGCAAGGUGGACGUGAAGCCGGAGAUUCAACUGCAAGAAAUGUCUCAGGUCUUCAGAGAUGACGGGGUACUGAUCACUGGACACAUGAAUCAAACGACGGACAAUGACAAAUGGAUCAAGGCCGAGGCCCCGAAUGGUACUGUGACUCUUGAGAGCCAGAGCUGGUUUCAGUCUCUGAAACUCAGCAGUGGUUGACGGGUUCAGUUGCUAAAAAGAGCAAUUCGUGAACGGCAGAGUUCCGGAAGACACUAAAAAGGGCAUAACCAUUAUGAGUAAAUGAUUGUUUUAGUCUAGCUAUUGUGUGACAAACUGCUGUGACAAGUGUCCCAGAGAGCAACCCAACUUCAAGAUAGAAUCACCUGUCGACUGAAUGGAUACGUGACAGUUUUCACCAAAGCAACCGCAGGCAAGUGGAAAUCCAAAACCUCACUGUGGCCAUAUAAAUUUUAAAUCCGUUUAAUUAUCUGCUAGAUUUAGAUGGAAGACAUUCACCGCGGUGUGUGACAAACUGCUGUGACAGGUAUUCCCGUGAAGGCCUGCCAAGAGAACAACAUAACUUCAAGAUAGAAUCAUCUGUGGACUUGGUGGAUGUGUGAAAGUUUUCGCCAAAGUAACCACUGGCCAGUGGAAGUCCAAAACCUCACUGUGGCAAUGUACUUUUAAUUAUCUGAUGUAUAAAAGAUAGAAGACAUUCCUUGCAG